AUGUGGUCGUAUAUAUUUGGCGGUUCAACAGCUGGCAGAGGUAAACAAAAAGAUUUACCAAAAAAGGCUAUUGUUGAACUGAGAGAACAUAUAAAUUUAUUGAAUAAGAAACAGACACAUCUGAACACUCAAAUCAAUCAACAGGUUUUGGAUGCUAAAACUUUUUUGAAUAAAGGAAAUAAAAUACAAGCCAAAAACUCUUUGAAGAAGAAGAAAAUAUAUGAAGCCCAGUUAGACAAGUUAGAAAACACUAUAAAUUCAUUAGAGCAGCAAUUGUUCUCUAUCGAAAGUGCCAAUUUGAAUUUGGAGACAAUGAAAGCAAUGAAACAAGGUUCGCAAGCUAUGAAAGCCAUCCAUAAUGGUUUGAAUAUCGAUAAAGUCGAUGAAACUAUGGAUGACAUAAGGGAACAAGUGGAAUUGGGUGAUGAAAUUAGUGAAGCUAUAGCAAGGCCAUUAUACGUUGGUGGUAUGAAUGGUAUUAUGGAUGAUGAAGAUUUAGAUGAAGAAUUAGAUUUAUUACAGCAAGAAACAGAAGCAAAUAAUAUGAUGUCAGAACCUGUCAUAAGACAAGAAGUUAAAGAAACAAAGAUGGACCUACCAAAUGUGCCAAGCGAAAAGUUAAAAUCUCUCUCCAUCAGUGAAUCUAAUCAUCAAGAAGAAUCCCUUCACGAAGAGGAGGAUGAAGAUGAAGAUGAACGUGCAUUAAGAGAGUUACAAGCAGAAAUGGGACUUUAA